AUCUGGGUCGUCCAGAAAUCUCCCAGAUUUUUCUGAUUUAUGAGAAAUUUUUGAACUUUAUGAACUUUCUAUUUUUGUAAUAUUUCUUCUGCUUUGUGCUUUUGUAAUUAAUUGAGUGUGGUAAAUUUUGGGUUCUGAGAAGCUGGUUUGUGGGUGAUUUUGGAUUUGUGAAUUGCUUGGGCGCCACUAUUUUCAGGACAAAAUGAUUAACAAACGAUCUUUUGCUGAUGAGGGUUCUUAUGAGGUUGCUUGUAAGCACCCUAGACAUUUGGAGCACUAUAAUGAGCAUGCUCCAUAUGUGGAUGUUUUUCAUUUUAGUGAUGCUUCCCAGAAAUUUCAAAUUCCAGAUGGUGAAGAUGAGGGGAAUUGUAAGUUUCAAGAGGGAGAAGGGUCUGCAGCUGCAAGUGACAUGGCAACUGAGGUCUCAAAUGACACUUACAAAGAACUUGAGACUGGUGCUUCUGGAAGCAUGGCCAAAUAUUUGGGGGUCAACAACUGUAUUGUUGACGCUAAUGUAAGAUCUGAGUCAGAAGCUCAUCUUUCAUUAUUCCCUGAAUUUUUCGGACAUGUAAACCAAUUGAGGGAUAUACUUCAUUCUGACAAGAUCUGUUCAUCUCCUGUUGAUUAUUCUCCUCAUAACCUAGUUCCUGUCGGGCCUGAGCAUCAAGCUUAUGUUCCAGACUUGGGCCAUGAGGGUUCUCACACUUCAGACAAUCUGACUGACUUGGAUUCUCAACCUGAACGUCCUUUGGGUGUUAAUGAGGAAAAGCGAAUGGGUACCUGUGUCCUUUCUAUGCCUGACCUUGAUGCAUCUACAAACUCUUUCUGUGAAGAUUUGGGAGCCAGAGACAACUGUAUGUGUGCUGAUUCAGGUUCUGUAAGAUGUGUCAGACAGCACAUCACAGACGCUAGGCAGAAAUUAAGGGAAGACCUUGGACAUGAGCUUUUUGAAGAGUUGGGCUUUUAUGAAAUGGGGGAGGUGGUUGCAGAGAAAUGGAGUGAAGAGGAAGAGCAUCUGUUUCAUGAUGUUGUUCUCUCUAACCCUGCAUCAUUGGGUAAGAAUUAUUGGCAUAGUCUCUCUAUGGCUUUUCCUUCACGAACGCAUAUGGAUAUUGUCAGCUAUUAUUUUAAUGUCUUUAUGCUCCGGAGGCGUGCUGAGCAGAAUAGGUUUGAUCCACUAAACACUGAUAGCGAUGAUGAUGAGUUGCAAAAAACUGAAUUUGGACUGGUGGAGGAUGAUGAGGAGCCUGUGGUGGUAUCUCCUGUUAAUUUAGAUGCUUCUGCUAAUAAUCAGGAAGACCGCUUACGGGAUGGCCAAGAAUACAUUGAAGAUGCAGAUGACAUAGAUGGUUAUGACGAUGCUUCCGUGGUUUGUUGCAAAGGUAUAAAUGAGAAUGAGGAGGGUGAUCUAGAUGACGGCACAAGAGCAUCUCAUGCUGGGAAUUUCCCUGGUGAUGGUGUCAGAGCUGCUGAAUCUCAGCUUUUGUGUAAAACUCCUGACACUAAUAGGGGGGACUAUGAUAUUCAAGAUGAUUCUUGCACAUCUUAUGACUAUCAGCGAGACAGUUAAUUGAUAGUACCAUGGGAAAUCAUGCAAUAGACUGCAGUGCAGGAUGAACAUGCUGCGUAUGCAUUUGACUGAACCUAUUUGCUUUUUUGAGUCAAUAAGUUCAAGAAGCAAAGGGAAGCCGAGGAUUUUCAAACUGGUUCCAUUACGAAGUAGAUUUCGUUCAAUGUCUUCAGGUAUUGGAAGAUGGGACGUUGCUACAGAUAAUGGAGAUUGCAAUGCACGUUGUGUCCAUGGGUUGGGGUGAUCUUCAACAGAAAUGAAAAAAGUCUGUUGCGAAGAUUUUCGCUAUCUUUUUGCUGGUAUUGAAUUCACAUGAGGUUCAUGUUACAGCCUGAAGGCUUUCUUUGUUUUCUUUUGGUCACACACAAAAAGAUUACGGUUCUUAUUAACACUAUCUGAUGUAAAUGCAUACCAC